UUACGAGUCGGUCGAUUGUUGAUAGACUAAGAAUUUCAAAUAACGGUCAUCUGGGAGGCAAAAAUCAAAAUCAAUUAAAAGGACGCUUUGCGAGUGCGCGUUGCGUGCUCAGUGCUACCAAUAACGGUUGUCUUUGCGGGUGUUUUAAACACGGUGCAGAACUAGGCCUACAGAAUCUUUUCGUAGUGGAGCGUUGUCUGCAGUGGUAAGGCAGUGGCUCUUCCAUUUUGUUCCAAAGCAGGGAACGAACGUUUUUCUAUCUUUAGCGGGUCGCACGUUUCGUGUCGUUCAGGACUUAAAAAAUGCGUUACGUCGCCGCUUACCUUUUGGCUAUCUUGGGUGGCAAAGCUGCCCCCAACCAGACUGACAUCGAAAAGAUCCUGUCGUCGGUUGGUAUUGAAGUCGAUGCAGAGAAACUGAAGAAGGUUAUCUCCGAGCUCAAUGGCAAGAACAUCGAAGAAGUCAUUGCUCAGGGUCGUGAGAAGCUCUGCUCGAUGCCAGUUGGUGGUGCAGCAGCUCCAGUAGCCGCUGCCGCUGGUGGUGGUGGUGCUGCUGCCGCUGAAGAAAAGAAGGAGGACAAGAAGGCCGCCAAGGAGGAGUCUGAGUCGGAAGACGAGGACAUGGGUUUUGGACUUUUCGACUAAGUACCAAACUCAGGACUGAAUUUUAUUCAUCAGCGAAAGAACAACGACGAAUUUAAUACUGUACAUUUUUCAUGGACUCUUGACGACCGUUGUUGUAUCCGUCGCUGAGGAAUAAAUAUUUUCCAAAAAACUAAAA